AUGUCAUUCAUUCACAAAAUAAUUGACAAGGCAAGGCAUCCAAUUUCCUCUUCCUCUUCAUCCUUCAGUUCAAUCUCAACCUCAACCUCAACCAACGAAGACAAGCAUACCACCACAAAACCAAAGCUUAAACUAGAAGAUUUUAGCCUCCUACGAACUUUAGGAACAGGUUCGUUUGGUCGUGUCCAUCUGGCACAGAGCAGACACAACAACCGAUACUAUGCCAUCAAGGUCCUCAAGAAGUCCGAAGUCGUCCGACUCAAACAGGUCGAACAUACAAACAGCGAGAAACAUAUUCUCGAGUCAGUCUCGAACCCCUUUCUCGUCAACCUUUGGGGAACCUUUCAAGACGAUGCCAAUCUGUACAUGGUUAUGGACUAUGUGCCUGGAGGAGAAUUGUUCAGUGUCUUGAGAAAGAGCCAACGUUUUCCUGAUCAUGUCGUCAAGUUUUAUACAGCAGAAGUCUUGUUGGCAAUCGAGUACCUGCACUCAAAGGACAUUGUCUACCGUGAUUUGAAGCCAGAGAACCUAUUAUUGGAUGCCAGUGGUCAUAUCAAGAUUACAGACUUUGGAUUUGCCAAGCAUGUACCUGACAACACAUGGACUCUAUGUGGUACCCCAGAUUACCUUGCUCCGGAAGUUAUUCAAUCAAAGGGUUACACAAAGGCCGUUGAUUGGUGGAGUCUUGGUAUUCUCAUUUUUGAAAUGUUGGCCGGAUACCCUCCGUUCUACGACGACGACCACCUCAAACUCUACGAGAAGAUUCUGCAGGGCAAGAUCCGCUGGCCGGCAUACUUUGACCCGCACGCCAAGGAUCUUCUGAAGCGGCUCCUGACGUCUGAUCUGUCGCGCAGAUUUGGCAACCUCAAGGGAGGCGCAGACGACAUCAAGACCCACCGCUGGUUUGAUGGCGUCGACUUUUCACGAAUUGCUGCCCGACAGGUUCGUGCACCAUACAUUCCUCAGAUCCGCGGCGAAGGAGAUGCUAGUCAUUUUGAUCGUUAUCCAGAGUCCAACGAACAGUACGGACUGGCGUGUCCAGACAUUCAUCGAGACAAGUUUAUUGAUUUCUAA